GUCAAGUGGAAGGACUUUGUGUCAGACAUCAACCUCAUCCCACAAACACUGGAUGUGGAGCGCACCGGGGCAGUGGACCUGAACCUGGGGUUCAGGCAGAUGGCCAUCCCCAUGUUCAAGAGCUUCAAGAAGAGUGAGCGGCGCCUCGUGGGACGGGUUCGACUCCCGCCUGUGGACCCCCUUUUCUCCCGUCGGGCGUGA